AUGAAAGAGUCAAAGGAGGCACGCCGGAAGAGGCUGCAUGCCCGGAACAUGAGAUUCUAUCGAAGCCUGGAAAGUCCACACACGCCGAAGGAGAUAAAGAAAAUGGCUAGGAAUGCGGAUUCCAGCGAGCGGUCGGUGUUGUUCGAAUCAUGGCUUCAGUCGUCUGAAUCGUGGGCCAAGUCGACUUUGGUUGUGCGGCUUCGCAACCGGAACUCCUCAACCCGUCGGGGUCUGCGAUCCUGGCUUUUCCGCGCCGAUAUGAUUCAGAAGUGGGGCCAGACAGUCGCCGACAUGAUGAUCGAAGCCAAGCUGGCUGACCCAGAUCGCAGGGAGGCUGAGGUCAGGUUUCAUCCUGAUCUUCCUCGAGACAAAGAGUCCAAGCAGUUCCUAGUCUUGACAGACGACACAGCGGAGGACGUGGAGGCCGAGGAGCUGGAGCGGCUCUUUGAGGGCAAAGAGGACAGCUCUUCCACGUCGUCGACGAGCCAUGAGCAUCAUGACAAGAAGAAGAAGAAAAAAAGAAGAAGGAUAAGAAGCAGAAGAAAGAGAAGAAGCAGGACAAGGCCUCACCCAAGAAGCCGAAAGCGAAGGCCAAAGGUAAAGCAAAGGCGAAGGCUGCUGCUGCUAACCAGGUGGGGUGGAAUGAAGUUUGUUUCUUUUUCAGAAUUAAUUAAUUACAAACACGCCUUAAACCCUAUUUACCCUAUACACCCCUAA